GAUAAACAAUAAAAUUAUCAAUGCCAGAUGCCACCAACGGCCAUCGAUGUCGCCGUAACCAGUGCACUUGAAAUUGGUUAUCGACACAUUGACACAGCAUUUACUUAUGGAAACGAAGAAGCUAUUGGCAAAGUGUUGAAAAAAUGGUUUGAUAAGGGCGGCAAGCGCGAGGACAUUUUCAUAACGACUAAGCUGCCGCCGUACGGAAUGCAACCUUCAAUGAUCAAAAGUUACUUGAAACUAUCGUUGGAAAAAUUGAAUUUACAAUAUGUGAAUAUGUAUUUAAUUCAUAAGCCCUUUGCCUUCGUCAAAGAUAAAUACAAAUACGAAGCUGCCAAAUAUGAAAAUGGAAGCGUAAUGUUGGAUCUUGAGGCGAAUCAUCUACUUAUAUGGAAAGAAAUGGAAAAACUGGUCAAAGCUGGACUUACGAGGUCUAUUGGACUUAGUAAUUUUAAUGAAAGCCAACUCUUAAAUAUAUACCAUAAUUCAGAAAUUAAGCCAAGUAAUUUACAGAUAGAGCUGCAAGCCUACAAUCAGCAGAGGCCAAUGCGUAGACUCUGUGCCGAGUACAGCAUCACCGUGACGGCCUUCAGUACCCUUGGCUCGCCCGGCUCCUCCGGCGACAAAAGGACCAAGCUGAGCCAGUCACUGCCGCGACUCCUGGACAAUCCCAAGGUGAGCAUAAUCGCGGAGAGGCACAAUCGGACGGCGGCUCAGGUGCUGCUACGUCAUGCGGUGCAGAAUGGCAUUGUCGUUUUGCCAAAGAGUACGCAUCCCGAGAGAAUCAAGCGGAACAUCGAGAUAUUUGAUUUCUCGUUAACGGACGCCGAGAUCGAGGAAUUGAAUAAUCUUGAUAAAGGCGAGCGUGGCAGGAUCUUCAAUUUUCUUGGCGAUAAAGGAGUUGAGAAACAUCCACAAUAUCCAUUCGCAAGUCAACUAAAAUAUGAAAACGUGAGUGUCAACGUACAUUGA